ACUACAACAAUUACAAGCCACAGAAGUUAGUCAUAGACGAGGAAAUACAACUUUUAGCCCGACUCAAAAUGAGUGAGGGUGGUAUAAUAUACAGUGACGAGAGAGAAGAAAGUAUUCCUGAUUAUGGCAGUGGCAAGACUCGUGUAGAAUUAACGGACAGCAAUGCUCUUCAUGAGGUACCAAAGGUGUCUAACUUUGACAUAAAUGGUGACGAUGAAUUCCAAAAUGAUCCAAGCUCUCCAAACUCUAGUGGAUUCACUACAGUCAUUGCACCUAGUAUUGGUAACGAUACAUUUGGUGAUGAUAUGACAGCCACUGCCUUACAAAACUGUAAGAAAACAGUCCUUUCACCAUACUACAUCUUCCUAAAAUGCAUUGGUUGGCGAAGAUGCAAAGCUGUGACAUAUGAGGUGCGGCGAACAUGGCCUUUUAUGUGUUGUAACUUUUUCUGGCCAUUCUUCUUAACUGUGUUACUGAUAAUGUCUUGUGUCACUCAAAUACUUCUCUGCUUCAGUAGGGAUUUGAUUGAAUCUAAUCCACCAAACAGUGUCACAAAUAUAACAGAAAUAACAUGCUCUGAUCACAUCUUCAGUUCGCUUGUUAUUUUGGAUUUUCUGUUGGUUGGAACUUACCUUUAUGGUCUCUAUAUUUUUCGUUUUAAAUUGAGUGAAUACCUCUCUACUUUUAUUGAAACAGUAUUUUUGGGUAUUAUAUCUCGCACUGGUAGCUAUUCACCAAAGAAUCUCAUUAGAUCAUUAAGAUUCUUUUUGUUAUUGGGAUUGUUGUGGAUUGUGUAUUCACUGUGUGUCAGUAUUAUGAGGGUAUUUGCUCAUCAUUAUGAGAGAGAUGUAGACUUCGAAUUUUUGGGACGUAUCCCUGUUAUCGUUAAACUCAUUUUGAUUGUUGUUUCCUUGCUUGGUUUCAUUGUCUUCGACAUUGCCUACACUGCUGCUGUCAUCAACUAUUCAAUGCAGUGCCAACUCAUGGUCUACUACAUUCAAAGUAUAUGUAAUCGUAUAGUAGCAAAAGAAUGGGAAAUUGAUGAAGCUAUCAAGCAAGUUCAUACAGCUCGACAGUUUAUGAACAAACUUAAUGGACACUUGUCACGAGCUGUUAGCUCUAUGAUGUUCAUUUUUCUUUAUUCUUCAGUUAUCUCAUUGUGGGGCCUUCAAAAGUUGCAGCAUUCUGAUCCUGAUCUUGUUAUAGUGGCAACAACCUCUAUACUUGGUACUAUACAGUGGGUCCUGUGGCUGUUACUACCAUUAAUACAAGCUGCCCGUGUGACUCAUUCUGGCUGCUGGCUAAAAAAAACUGCACUAGAGAUUAGAACACGUCCUUUUAGUUACAGAGAUACACCACAACUGGACCUGGACUCAUUUGUUAACUAUUGCGGUAGCAUUCAGCUAAAAGCAAAACUGGCCAGUAUUCCAAUAUCCCCAGCACUAGUAAUUGGUGGUUCUUUUAUUCUCGGUUUUGUGAUGUUCCUUGUAAUUGAGCUCGACAAUUUUUCAUGGGCCCCAUGGCUUUGAGAACAAACUUUUUCUAUUAAUAUAAUAUUAACUUGCUACAUUAAUAAUUAUUAUGCUAUUGAGUCACAUAAUAUUGAUAUCCUGUGCUUUGUAUGAAUUGUGUCUUUAUUUGUCCUGGCAUAGUUGCUAUAGUAUGUCAA